CGCUGGUUGUGUAAGACGGCCUGACAAGCGAAACUUUUUUCCCCAUGUUAUAAGGAAGAUGACUUUAAUUGAUAUAUGCGGAUUAAGUUGUAAGUUUCAUAAAUGUUAAUGUUAAAUAAGCAAAAGUUGUUUUUAACAUAUGUAUUUUUUAAUAUUUCACAAUAAAAUUAACUACUUUUACAGUUGAAUAAACCCGGAAAAGACGAUAAAAUAAGAGUAUUUUCUCUUUUAAAAAAUAGUUCUGCGACGAUUCCAAAGUAGUGAUUUUUAAAUCCCAGAAUAUCCCGUCAUACUUGUAAAACAUGCCGUAGGAAAGUGUCCGAGAGGAGGGAGGAGUGUCUUUUUACGUCCUUUAAAACGAAAGCUUGGAGGUUCCGGUGUUAAGGAGUACCAAGACAGUUACUACACCGAUGCAUGUCGGGACUUUGACGGCAGAUAGAUUUACUAGAUGAAUUUAGUUUCAGUUGGAGAGGUGAUGUUGGAAAAGCAUGCGAGGCACGUGAAACCGAACAUGUAGUUGUUCGACCAGUAAAGUUUCUAGAGAGUUCCGCUUUUUUUUUUUUUUUCUUUUCCAGAGAAUAAAACUUCGACCAAACUUUGCUCAACCCGACAAGAAACGUCACAAUGGCAGCGUGCGGAAGAAGAAAGAGACCCAAGUUAUUUUUUCUUUUCUUUGGCGCCUUUUUUGUUGGGUAUUUCAUAUUUUUUAGGUACAACUCAAAAGAAGUAACAAAUCGACGAGAAUCCCCCAGAGAGGAAGUAGUAGACAAUGAAGAACUUAAGAAGCCCGUGUACGAGAAGCCCCCGCUGGAUUUAAAUGCCCUGGGAGAACUGGGAAGAGCUGUGAAACUAAAUCUGAAUGAGGAGGAGAAAAGAAAGGAGGAGGAAAGUCUGAAAAAGCAUCAGAUUAACAUAUAUGUCAGUGAUAAGAUAUCACUGCAUCGGAGGCUUCCAGAGAAAUGGAACCCGCUUUGUGGAGAUCUGAAGUACGACUACAGAUCCCUGCCAACAACCUCUGUGGUGAUUGCUUUCUAUAACGAGGCCUGGUCUACUCUGCUGCGGACAGUCCACAGUGUGCUGGAGACUUCCCCCGACAUCCUCCUCAAGGAGGUGGUGCUGGUGGAUGACUACAGUGACCGAGAUCACCUGAAGGAGCCAUUGGAGAAGUAUCUCUCAGGGUUAAGGAAGGUGCGUCUGAUUCGAGCCACAAAAAGGGAGGGGCUAGUGAGGGCCCGACUGCUGGGUGCUUCUAUAGCAACAGGCGAUGUCCUGACCUUCCUGGACUGUCACUGUGAGUGUCAUGAGGGUUGGUUGGAGCCCCUACUUCACAGGAUAAAAGAGGAGCCAAAAGCUGUGGUGUGUCCUGUCAUUGACGUGAUAGACUGGGACACCUUCCAGUAUUUAGGUAACCCUGGUGAACCUCAAAUUGGGGGGUUUGACUGGCGACUGGUUUUUACCUGGCACUCUGUCCCAGACUAUGAGCAAAAACGCCGUCGCUCACCUACUGAUGUCAUCAGGUCUCCAACAAUGGCAGGAGGUCUUUUUUCUGUAAGCAAAAGUUACUUCUAUUACCUGGGGUCUUAUGACACAGGAAUGGAGGUGUGGGGAGGAGAAAACCUUGAAUUCUCUUUCAGGAUUUGGCAGUGCGGGGGCAGCCUGGAAAUCCACCCGUGCUCCCACGUGGGUCAUGUGUUUCCGAAAAGGGCCCCUUACUCCCGGAGCAAGGCGUUGGCAAACAGCGUGAGGGCGGCAGAGGUUUGGAUGGAUGACUACAAGGAGAUCUACUAUCAUCGCAGCCCCCACGCACGACUGGAGGCUUUUGGAGACGUCUCAGAAAGACUGAAGCUGAGAGAAAAGCUGGGCUGUAAGAACUUCCAGUGGUACCUGGAUAAUGUUUACCCUGAAAUUCAUGUCCCACACGAUCGGCCGGGCAUGUUUGGAAUGCUAAAAAAUCGGGGGAAGGUCAACUACUGCUUUGACUACAACCCUACAGAUGAAAACACAAUUGUGGGUCAAAGGGUCAUCCUGUACCCGUGUCAUGGCAUGGGUCAGAACCAGUUUUUUGAAUACUCAGUGGACGGCGAGAUCAGCUAUAACACAAGGGAGCCCGCUGGGUGCGUUGUGGGGGACAGCACCAACACCUACCUGACUGUGCAGCUGUGCAAGAAACGAGGACAGGCUGUACCCAUGGACCAGAAAUUUAUUUUCCGAAAAGAUGGGAGUUUGUACCAUGUCCAGACCCAAAAAUGUGUUCAAGCCAUGGAGCAGACGGACAACGGGACUCCAGCCCCCGCCCUGCAGCCGUGCUCCAACAGCGCUUAUCAACAGUGGUUCUUUGAGGAAAGAAUGUAACUGGGAAAACUUGAAGUUUUUUUUUUUUUUUUUAUUGCAAAGCAUUUUUAUAAAGUUAACUGCUAGAUAUAACUCAUAAUUUAAGGGGGUUUUCUGUUGGCUUGGAAAAUGUUUGUUCCCUAAAGCCUAAGAGGGGGAGGACAUUUUCUGUAUUUUCUUAUUCAACUUAAACCUCAGCACUUUUUUUAAAGCAUGGAGAAAAAUAAUUCUUCAGUCUCGAUGCACUUUUGUAUGUUUGCAAAACAUGGGAUUUAGUACUCUACUCAAGGAGAUUGUUAAUAAUUUGAGAAAUUACUAUUUUCUUCCUUUCUUAUUUAUUAAUUCUUGUGCUCUUGUUUUAUUUAAUGAAAGAGAACAUUUUAGGCUUGUUACUUUAAUCAAACAAACAUUUGCAGCCAGUCAUUAAAUUUAAAUGGUGGUUUUUCAGAGGUAUGUUAAGAGGCGUUUUCUGAUGUUUACAUGUUCCUCCUGUAGAGGGCGCCAGCACUCCUUUCUGUGAGAUCCUGUCAUCUUGUUUUCAAAAAGUGGGAUAAAUCUUCUGGUAUUUUGGUAGGGAAUCUUGAUACUCAAUAAUCACUGACUUAUAAAAGAAAAAAAGACUUAUAAAUAGUACCUCUUUAUCUUAAUUACUACUGAUUGCACCUGAAGUCAUUCAAAUAUUUUGCUUUUAAGAAAAUUCCCAUCUAACAUAAAACGCCAUUUUAUUUACAGUAUGUAUUGUUUUUGUCAUCGCCUGUUUUUGUGUAACAUGUUGUGCUUUUAUUCAUGGCCAAAUUUUUUAGAUUAGUUUGUUUCUGAAUUGUGAUUUAUGAUGUUUUUCGCCUUGACACAUAUCGUCUUCCCUAAAACGAAGCAACAAAACUGUGUGAAACGAGAAAAUAACUAUAAAAUAUUGAAGGGGAACUGACGGAUAGAUACAUAGUUAGUGGAAAUGAUGCACUGACUGUUUCCUGUUUGGACAACCAUGAGGCCUUUUCCUUGAGUUCUUUAGUUGACUCGUUGGGCGUUGUAGACACAUUUUCAGGGAAGCGCAGGUGUGUCCCCCAGUUCCGUUAAAUCAGGGGUGUCAAACUCAAUCACACAAGGGGUCAAAAUCCAAAACACACCGUAGGUCGUGGGCUGUACAGGAUAAACAUGUAUUGAACACACUAUAACUGAAUUUUAAUGCGUAACUUUUAAACAUCAAUAUGAAUAAUAAAAAGGCAGGAAUAUUAUUCCAGAAUAAAUCAACUUAAAUCUUAAAUAACUUUCAAUAUUUUACUCUCCAUAAAAAUAUAUUUUGUCAAGCACAAGAU